AUGGCAGACUCAACACCAUCCACGACGUUCCCUUCAAUCAACACCCAAGAUCAAUCCACCCCUGCCGCACAUCCCAAGAAACAACCUCACAAAAAGCUCUCUCGACUCCCAAAUACACAUAAAAUCCAAAAACGCCCUCUCUUGCACCCUCCAAUCGCUACACCAUACUCUUCCUCCGCCCACACCCCAAAAGUAAUCUACAUAUCCGCGCACACGCCCUUUGUCGCGACCGUAAAACGAAUUCGCAAGUACCUAUCCGAGAUGGAGAAUCGAACUUCCAAGGCGACUGCAGCUAAUAAGAACGCGUAUCAGGGGAAGGGACGGGGCCGGACGGAGGAAUUGAGAGGCUUGAUGCAAGGUGGUGAUGAUGCUGGAUUCUUGAAGGGGGUGGAAGAGGGGUUGAAGAGUAGAAGUGGAAGUGAAGAAGUGGUGUUGAAGGCUACGGGGAAGGCGAUUGAGCGGUUACUGAGUGUUGCGUGUUGGUUAGAGGGGCAGGGGGGUGGAGAGGAGUUUGUGGUUAGGGUGAGGACGGGGAGUGUGGGUGCUGUUGAUGAUGUGGUUGUGAAAGAUGGUGAGGAAGACGGGGAUGAGGAAGUGGGAAGUCGAGUAAGAAGAGUUAGUUGUUUGGAGGUUGGUGUUAGGUAUAAAGGACUCUGA